AUGGCAGUGGCGCCGUGCAGCACUUCAGACAUCAUGCUGAGUAACCACCGCAGCGCGACCGUCAAUACUCCCUACGUCUGCCUUAAGGGUUGCGGCAUCACGCGUCUUGACACCCUCCUCUCGUCUUUUGCUCAACUGCGCCACAUGCUUUCGCUCGACCUCAGUGAUAACUACAUUUCAUGUCUCCCGUUUGGGGAUGAUCUUGCUGCAUGUAUGCCACAGCUGCGCUCCCUCGAUCUCUCUGGGAAUCCGCUGAAGCUCUGCCAUGAAGUCAUUGAGAGUCUACGGCACCUCCGUGAAUUGCACUCCCUCCGCCUCUCACUGCCUGAUGCAGGGGCGGUUUUGUGGCUCUCCCAAUCCCUUCCGCAACUGCGCGUCAUCAAUGGGGUGGAAGUAGUCUCUUCUAGCGGAAGUGGUGAGAUAGGUGCAGCAGAGGCAGUGGAUUUUUCGCCUGUCGUACCACCUGCAGGCUUCAGUGAGCGGUUAUUGGGCAAUUGGGAUGUGGAGGGAACACCACUCAAUAUAUACUGCCGCCUGCGGAGAAGCAUUCGAACACUCCGGUGGAUGCAUGAUGCCUCGAGCGAUGAGGCUGAAGCAGAUAAGGAAAAGGUGUAUGCCGCAUUUAAUGCGAUGCAGGCAGCACAGCACGUCUCAAGUAUCGUUCCCACAGCACCCGCGCCCCACAAGGCAGAGCAGCAAUUGUUCAAGCAUCUCUUUCUCGAGGCGGUGAAAACAACUGAAAUGGCUACCUGUGCUGGUAGCAACGAUCCGCAGAGACUCAAAGGACUCCUUGGGACUACGGCGCAUGUGAUGCAGGAGCUGUAUGGUUGCUACACUCGGCUUGCGCCCCCGCUGGGAAUGCCAGAAAAUCAAAAUCAGAAAACGAAGUUUCAGAAGCAGCUGAGAAAUGUUACAACUAUGCCAGAAACCGAAUCUGGCUUCAUCAAUAUGAAACAGCAGCGCUUGUCUCUGCUUUCACUUCUCUCUCUCGUCCAAAAGAUGGUCCGGCGGAAGCAGUGUAGGGAAACAGAGUUGCGCAGGGGAAUACCGUGGAAUGGAUGCUGUUAUUACGAGACAAUGCAGCGGCACAUGUUUUUUUUCUUUGCGGAGCAGUAUCCUCGCGCAACAGAGGUAGAAAUCUCUGCGCAUAUCACAGAAUUCACGGAUACCCUCCACUACUAUGCGAACGUGGAAAAGUGCGUGGAAGCGUAUGUCUUUGCGCAGGUGCUUGACAACAAGAUUGAGGAAUCAUACUGGUCGGUGUUUGAGUCGUUGUGUACGACCAUCAGUGAUGUUAUUAAACGCGUUGCUCUUCCCGACUUUGCUGAACGUGAUGUGGACAGGGCGCGAGACACGCAACUUGGCAAAUAUGACAGAUACGAGUGGCAAGAGAUGUGGCUGCGUCACUGCGCCCACCACGGAUUCCUCUCUAAGGAGCAUGUCUUCUGUAUCAUUGACACAUUGAUUCCCGAAACACAUCGAAAUACGACGCUACAUAUCGACUUGGUGGAAACCGCUGCUUCCCUGAUUGCUGCCACAGGCAAGGACAACGGCAAGGACGGUUAUCAAGGUCCUAUUGUCUCGGUUGGUUGUCUUCUUUGCAGUCUGAGUAGAGUAUUUGUGAAGCAUCAUGAACACUCCAUCUAUCCUAUUGUGCAGGCUUUUCAUACUGUUUCUGAUAUGGAAUCAGCCGGCAUUGUGACCGUAGGGCAGCUCCGCGAUCUCCUGCAGCUGCUCGAUUCCCCGGUGGCCGUCACACCGAAUCUCUUCGAACAAAUGCAAUCAGCGGCAAGUGGCACGUUAAGCGAUGCCCCUCUGACGUUCUCCGCAGUGGUGGAGGCGACGCGACGGUUGGUGCGCGGGCAUUCUUUAUCUGUAUAG